AUGCCACCACAACAUUUUGUAAUUCUUGGAGGAGGUAUAUCAGGUUUGACUGCAGCAUGGUAUCUGGCGCUCAAUGCACCGUUGACAACAAAAAUCACGUUAUUGGAAGCCUCCAAUAGGUUUGGAGGAUGGAUACAGAGUACGCGUGUAGGUGAUGAUCGAAUACUCUUCGAACAAGGUCCUCGAACCCUGAGGCCUGUUGGGUUGGGUGGGCUCGUGGUUCUGGAUAUGAUAAAUAGGUUAAAAAUCUCGGAAUUCGUUCAUGCACUUCCCAAGGAUGCUCCGGCCGCCCAAAAUCGAUAUAUCUUUUAUCCGAAUAAACUUGUAAAGCUACCCGGUUCCAAUCUCAUUUCAGGAAUAAGGCAAACUUUGAGCACAAAGUUUUUGUUGAAAUCAUUAUCCGCUGUUGUACGUGAGCCGUUUGUUAGACCGGUCUUGCCGAAUCUGGAUGAGAGCGUUCAUAGUUUUUUCACCAGACGUUUCAACGAACAAUUAGCCGACAUACUGAUUAGCGCCCUCGCACACGGCAUUUAUGCGGGCGAUGUAAAAAAACUUUCAAUGAGAUCAACAUUCACGAAUAUAUACAACAUGGAAAAAUCAUACGGUUCGGUGAUUAGGGGUGCGUUCAGUAGAAAUCCUUCACCGCCGUCUGAUGAGGAUAUGACUUUGGUUGAAACUAUAAAUCGAGACAACGAGGACCUAAUGAAAAUCAUUAACAAAUCUAGUCUUUAUUCAUUUAAGGAUGGCAUCGGGCAGCUGACGAAUGCACUUGUGAAAGACUUGAGAGGUAAGCCGAACGUAGAACUCAAAGUUGAUAGUCGCGUGAGGGAGUUGAAAUUUGAAGACGGAAACGAAAUCGAGAUAAUAACAAAUAAUGGAAAAUUCAAAGGCGAUCACAUCAUAAGUACCAUUCCAGCAUACGAAUUGGUCAAGCUACUUCCAAUGCUGCCACAUCUCGAGUACAACCCCUUUGUCACGGUGGGAGUUGUCAACGUUGCUUAUGAACAACCAAAUUUGCUACCCAUCAAGGGAUUCGGAGUCUUGUUCCCACAGGCCACUCCAGAUAAUCGACAUCACGUCCUUGGCAUUGUUUUCGAUUCCGACACUAUGCCCCUUCAAGAUCAUCCCAAGGAUAAUUAUACAAAGGUGACAGUGAUGCUUGGAGGACAUUAUUAUGAAACUUUUAAAGAAGAAGAAUUGCCCGAUGAGGAGGAAUUAUUGCAUCAAGCGCUUCAAACCUUGGAAACUACAUUGGGAAUUUAUGCAACUCCGGCAGAAUACGUGGCAAAAUUGCAACGAAAAUGUAUUCCACAAUAUUAUGUCAAUCAUCAUUCAAGACUUGGAGGACUGCACAAUGCUAUCAAGGAAAAUUUCAAAAAUAGGCUGAGUGUUUGUGGUUCAAGUUAUCUGGGAGUUAGUAUCAAUGAUUGUGUUUUUAAUUCUGCAAAGUUGGCCUUGAACUUGCUUAAUGACAGCAAGAAAGACGUGGUCGUCACUGGAUUAGAAAGAGUUGACGUAAAGAUAGAAUAG